CUCUGCUGCAGACCGUCCCGUCUCUUGUUGCUCAUCUCUGUGAAGCGGACUACUUUCCUCCCGGUCUGCCUCCCGAAGGACCCGAAGCCGCCGCUUUCCCCUCCGCCGCCCCCCCCACUCCGCCGCUACAUUGUAACUUUUAUCCAGGACAUUCAUCCAUUUUUUCCCUCCCCGAGCAAAAUCAAAGGAAAAUGACCCAAUUCAACAAGGGGCCAGCCUACGGACUAUCUGCAGAAGUGAGAAACAAAAUUGCUCAGAAGUAUGACUCCCAAAAAGAGGAGGAGCUUCGCUUAUGGAUCGAGGAAGUGACGGGAACGACGAUCGCAGAGAACUUCCAGAGAGGCCUGAAGGACGGAGUCGUCCUCUGCGAACUGAUUAACAAACUGCAAACUGGUUCAGUGAAGAAGAUCAACCUCUCCCAGCUGAACUGGCACAAGCUGGAGAACCUGGGGAACUUCAUCAAAGCCAUCCUGGCUUACGGCUUGAAGCCCACCGACAUCUUCGAGGCCAACGACCUGUUUGAGAGCGGCAACAUGACCCAGGUCCAGACCACGCUGCUCGCCCUGGCCAGCAUGGCGAAGACCAAAGGGAUGGACACCAAGAUCGACAUCGGUGUGAAAUACGCCGACAAACAAACCCGGCACUUCGACCACGAGAAGAUCAAAGCCGGCCAGUGUGUCAUCGGACUGCAGAUGGGGACCAACAAGUGUGCGAGUCAAGCUGGGAUGACUGCGUAUGGAACCAGAAGACAUCUCUAUGACCCGAGGACCCAGACGGACAAACCCUUCGACCAGACCACCAUCAGCCUGCAGAUGGGGACCAACAAGGGAGCCAGCCAGGCCGGCAUGUCCGCCCCCGGAACCCGCAGGGACAUCUACGACCAGAAGGUGGCGAAGCAGCCGCUGAACAACUCCACCAUCUCCCUGCAGAUGGGCACCAACAAGGUGGCGUCGCAGCGCGGCAUGAGCGUGUACGGCCUCGGCCGCCAGGUGUACGACCCCAAGUACUGCACCCCCCCCACGGAGCCCACGGGCAGCCAGGGCACCGGCACCAACGGCUCCGAGAUCAGCGACAGGGACUACCAGGCGGAGUUCGGCGAGGAGGAGUACCACGGGCCGUACCCCGACGACUACAGCGACCAGGGCAUCGACUACUAGCGGAUGGCUCCGCCUCCAAAAUCAGUAUUAUUUUAGUAUCUUUCAUCAACGGAAGUAUUUUUGCUCCUUCUCUCGAAGCAUACCUUCCUCCUCCACUCUGAUCUGAGCAGAAGCUGUUAGCGGGCGUAGAAUAAUAAUAAUGAGAGAAAGUGAUAGUUUUUUUUAAAAUGUUUAUUUUCUUUUUUUAAUAUCCCCUUUUUCUUGUGUUUUUUAAAAACGAUGUCUUUUAAUAACGGACACGCUGACGUAGCUGCGGCGCGGCACCGGGGGGAAGCCGCUGCGGGUGUUUCGUUGAAUUCCUGGACUGAAACUUAGCUGAUGAGCCAGGUCGAAAGGAAACGAUAGGCUCCUCCCCCUCUGAGUGUCGUGUCAUCCAGCAAAACUUACUAGUGUUUUUACGCCAUUUAAUCACUAGGUAUUGUUUCUUCUUUUCUAUUAAUGAUGAGCAACGGGGGCUGCUCACGCCUGACCCAACCUGAAUAUAUAUAUGGAUGCAUAUAUAUAUAUACAUAUAUAUUUGUAUAAAUAUAUACAUACAUAUAUGCUGUGUAUAUAUGUAUGUAUUUGUAUAAAUAUAUAUAUACAUAUAUGCUGAUAUAUAUAUAUAUAUGUGUAUAUAUAUAUAGACCGACUCUCAUUACAUGAACUAUAUUUUCUUAUGUUUCCCCGUGUUUUAUUCAUAACUGUAUUUAUUGCAAUGCUUUUCAUUGUAAACAGUCCACUGUUAUAAGAGAAAAUGCUGUGUCAUGGUAAAUAAAACCUAAAUUCUUAAA